AAGAAGUGUAAAAGAGUCAUCACAUACGGAGACUUUUUUGUAGAAGAGCACUUAUCAAGGACGUUCAAUUUGCAAUACAUUCACAUGGGGACAGUGUUAGUAGAAGUCAGUAAACAGGAAAACACUAUUUCAGAGACCAUCAGUCCAUUGUUUUUCUCUGUUCUGUUGAAAGAUGAUCGAUUUAUAAAGUCAGAUCGAAGAGAAGUGUCAGGUUGGAACGCCGUAUAAAGAGUAUACAUGGAGCUCAGGUCAAUGUCGAAACGACCACCACCUUAUACACAUGUCGAUAGACAUAAGUUUAUGAAUUCGCAAAAUAUCUCCACGACGAAAAAACAGAAUGGUUUAAGAAAGGUCAAAUUCGAAGAACAAGAUGAUUCACCACCAGUAAUAGUUAAGGAUGAAUGUACUAAGUUUUCAAAAUGUAAAUUAUUUAUCUAUUCCAUUUGUGCGCUCCUGAUAUUCUUCAUAUGUAUUAUUUGGAUUUUUCUGGUGUUCCCUUAUCCUAUGCAUGCUUCUUGCAUUAUAAAAUGGAAGUUUGAAGAUCCUUGCAUAUAUGUCAUGCAGAAAUUUCGAUCUCAAAUACUUAAUUGGUCAUCCUGCAUGAAUUGUGGACCACGUGGAAGUAAAUGUCUGUACACGCUCAAAGAACCAAAUCCAAAUGAAAGUAAUAUAAUUAGAGCUACACAUCUUGCUUCAAAUUUAAGAACUACGGAAACGAUGAAAAUUGAUUUCGAACAAAUUAACAAAACUUGUAUAGCAACGGGAGAAUCCACAUCAAAUGAAUGGUUUAGAGUAUUUGAUUAUGGUACAAAUUACUGUAAUUUGCAUAAUUUAAUAACCGGCAUUGGUUUUGAUAAAAGUUUGAAAUUUUUGGAACUAACAAGCAAUACAGUUUGCACACAAUAUAAUAUGGCGGUUUGUAAUUAAAAAAAUUAUUUUGAUUUUUCUUUAUUAUUUAUAAAACAUUUUAAUUUAAUUAUAUUUGUUAACAAUUUUAAAUAAAAUUACAAAUAGGUUGUAAUAUUUUUAUUGUUAUUAAUAAUCAUAAUGCGAGGAUUUACAAAAAUAAAUUACAAUUAAGUAUUAUGAACUUACAAAAUAUAUGUUUUUCUUAACAAUCUGUGAUAACGAAUACAAAAUAUGUUGGAAAAUACAUCACAUAUUAAUAAUUAUUUUUAUUAUACAAUUCUUAUUGAGUCUUUAUUUUAAAAUAAGUACUAAUUACAAAAUUCAAAUAUAUACAAUAUUAUCUACAAAUUACAAUAUUUGUUAGAGAGCAAAAGUUAUAAAUAUUUCAAAGGCACUAUAUAAGUCAUUUAUAGAAUUCAAGACUUAUAAUUAAUAGAACAAUCUCUUACUUUUUAGCAAUCUCUUAACUUUUUAACUUAAUUAUCUAACAAUAUUGUGCUUUGUUUCAAAUCAGAUCAACUUUUAAUAGAAAAAUAUUCCUAAUUACAAAGGAAAAGAUUUAAAUAUCUAAGAAAUU